CUCUUGCUCUGUCUCUGCUGCAGCUUUAAGGAAGUGUUGCACAGCGACGCCACUGCCGAAACACUGCAGUCACCUACUGUCCUCUCAACUGCCCUGCCAUGUUGAUUUCAUGGUGGUAUUUGUACCUGGGUGCUCACAGCAUCUACAAGCAAGUGCAAAACAUGGCAUCUGUGCUGCAGAAGCUCAUUACCCCCCUUUUCAAUGGACCAGUUGAGCCUCCCAGGAACAAGGUGACGGUGGUGGGAGUGGGUCAGGUGGGCAUGGCGUGUGCCGUCAGCAUCCUGCUGCAGGAGUUGGCUGAUGAGCUGGCCCUUGUGGAUGUGAUGGAAGACAAACUAAAAGGAGAGAUGUUGGACCUGCAGCAUGGAAGUCUCUUUUUCAAAACUCCUAAAAUUGUCUCAGGAAAAGAUUACUCAGUGACAGCAAACUCACGCAUCGUAGUGGUGACAGCAGGUGUACGUCAGCAGGAGGGAGAAAGCAGGCUUAACCUUGUCCAGAGGAACAUCAAUGUCUUCCAGCACAUAAUACCACAAAUAAUCAAAUACAGCCCCAACUGCAUCCUCAUUGUGGUGUCUAACCCAGUGGAUGUUUUGACCUACGUGACCUGGAAGCUGAGCGGCCUACCCACACACCGCGUCAUUGGCAGUGGCACUAAUUUGGAUUCAGCACGUUUUCGGUACCUGAUGGCGGAAAGACUGGGAAUCCACCCUAGCAGCUUUAACGGCUGGAUCCUGGGAGAACAUGGUGACUCCAGUGUUCCUGUUUGGAGUGGUGCAAAUGUAGCAGGUGUGAACCUCCAGAAACUGAACCCAGACAUCGGCCAAGACAGUGACAGGGAGAACUGGAAAAAGACUCACAAGAUGGUAGUUGACAGUGCCUAUGAGGUGAUCAGACUGAAAGGCUACACUAACUGGGCUAUUGGACUGAGUGUAGCAGAUCUGACAGAGAGCCUCAUUAAAAACCUGAACAGAGUUCAUCCCAUUUCUACCAUGGUCAAGGGGAUGUACGGGAUCACUGAUCAUGUGUUCUUGAGCCUCCCGUGUGUGUUGAACAGCAGAGGAGUGAGCAGUGUGGUAAACAUGAACCUGACCCAGGACGAGGUGUCUCAGCUGAAGAAAAGCGCAGACACGCUGUGGAACAUUCAAAAAGACCUGAAAGAUCUGUAAGAGUCGUGCUCACUAGAAAGCGCGCUCAUUCACAAGCUUUCCGAGCAAACACCUCAACUAAUACAGCAGCUUUAGAAUGUUUGUCUUUUAUCUCCUUACAACACUAAUAAUAUUAUCAAGUACAGAUGCAGGUCUAGAUGCAGCUCUCAUCUGCUAUGUGCAAUCACCAUGCAAAUUGUAUGCACAUUGAAUGUGCACAUUCGUUAUUUAUUGUUGUUAGUUUGGAAAUAAAGACUCAAAUAGCCAAUA